GAUACAAAAAAAAAUUAUCAUAAUAAGCCAAAACAGACCUACCCCUUGCUCCUACCAGAAACAAAACUGGAAAUUUCUAGUGAGUUAAACAAAUGAUUCAGACUGCUUGGGGCCGAUGGCAUUUUUAGAAGCAGACUGGUUUGAAAAGCACCACAGAUAAAUUGUAAAACUGCCCUACACAGCCUAUCUAACCCUAAGAAUCAUAGAAUGGCCUAGAUUGAAAAGGACUACAAUAGUAAUCUAGUUUCAACCCCCCUCCCAUGGGCAGGGUCGCCAACCACUAGACCAGGCUGCCCAGAGCCACAUCCAGCCUGGCCUUGAAUGUCUCCAGGGACAGGGCACCCACAACCUCCUUGGGCAACCUGUUCCAGUGUGUCACCACCCUCUGAGUGAAAAACUUCCUCCUAAUAUCUAAUCUAAACCUCCCCUGUCUCAGUUUAAAACCAUUCCCCCUUGUCCUAUCACUAUCCACCCUCGUAAACAGCUGUUCUCCCUCCUGUUUAUAUGCUCCCUCCAAGUAUUGGAAGGCCACAAUGAGGUCUCCCCAGAGAUUCUCUUUUCCAAGCUGAACAAGCCCAGUUCCCUCAGCCUUUCUUCAUAAGAACUAAGCAUCAGUCUGGGUAGUUUUCCAGCACACUUAACUCCAGCUUCACUCUGCCCUGCAGAAGCAAAAGGGAACAGUUCAUUAUCCAAUCUAGUCAGCUCUGCCCUCCAGAGACAGGCAAAGUAUCUUAGAAUCAUAGAAUCAUAGAAUCACAAGGUUGGAAAUGACCUAUAAGAUCAUCUAGUCCAACCGUACAAUCUUAAGUGAGCAUUUAUCCUGGUAUUGAAGCAGAAACUUUGGGUUUUUUGAUCAUGGGGCAGAUUACUCAGCCCCUGGCAUGUUGUCCGUCCAUAGAACCCACCUAUAUCAAAGGGGCAAUGAAUCCUAGCGCAGGAGCUAGUGGGGCUUAUUGAAAGAGCUUUAAACUAGCCAAGACGGGGGAAGGGGACAAAACAGGGUUCAAAAGAGGUGAGCCCAGGGGAACGAUGCUUGAGCUGGGGGUGAGGCAGAUGACUCGGCUGAAGUACAUCUACACCAAUGCAAGCAGUAGGGGCAACAAGCAGGAGGAGCUGAAAGCGAUUGUGCAUCAGGAUAUGACCUAGUUGCUAUUACUGAAACAUGGUGGGACCACUCCCAUGACUGGAGUAUUGUGAUGGUGUCAUGAUUUUAUGAUUUUUGGUUAUCGGUAUUCCACAUCAUAACAUCAUGUAGUGCACUGGGAGUUUAACUAUUAAUGCUCAAGUUCCAGGUACCUGCCCGGAAGAGAAGAAGAACUACAUUCCCCAGGGGGCUUUGCAGUCAGAGAGGAGAUAUAACUCCUGGAAAGGUCACCUGAUGCGCUCUUCCUUGUUGGCUCUCCUCCUGUCUCCCUGCUGCUCAACUGGACUGCGCAUCUCACCUCAGCGUUAUGAGAUACCGUCGUGACAAAAAUUACUUGGAUAUUUCCAACAAUUUGGGGGCUCGUCCGGGAUUAUUAUCGCCUCUUUGGGAGUUUCCCUACUGCCCUGCACAGGAUAGGUGCACCCUGCUGAUUUCAGCGGUCCUGCCUGGGUGGUGAGGUGACUCCUUGGUACGGCCGAUAAAAAACCGAGACUGUUAUUUAAAGGAUGGGCUCUGUGAAAGCCAAGGGGCAGGUAGCCACGGGUGUUGGCCAUUGCGACCCAGUAACUUCGUGCACGGACCAAGGUACCUGUCCGGAAGAGAAGAAGAACUACAUUCCCCAGGGGGCUUUGCAGUCAGAGAGGAGAUAUAACUCCUGGAAAGGUCACCUGAUGCGCUCUUCCUUGUCGGCUCUCCUCCUGUCUCCCUGCUGCAUAACUGGACUACACAUCUCACCUCAGCGUUAUGGAGAGCGAAUGAUCCAAAUUCUUCUGAGUGCUGGUUUUGCUAUUAAGGGAAGCAAAGUGAAAGGACCUGCCCAGGAGAUUCAGUUCCUAGGUAUAAAGUGGCAAGAUGGCCAUCGUCACAUCCCGACAGAUGUGAUGGACAAAAUCACUGCUAUGUCUCCACCCACUAGCAAAAGAGAGACACAAUCUUUUCUGGGUGCAGUGGGCUUUUGGAGAAUGCACGUUCCAAACUACAGCCUCCUUGUAAGCCCCCUUUAUUACGUGACGCGAAUGAGAAAUGAGUUUACAUGGGGCCCUGAGCAGCUGCAGGCUUUUGAACAGAUUAAACAGGAGAUAGCCCGUGCCGUGGCCCUGGGGCCAGUACGGACGGGACAGGGUAUAAAGAACAUCCUCUACACUGCUGCUGGAGAGAACGGUCCCACUUGGAGUUUGUGGCAAAGAGCCUCAGGAGAGACUCGAGGCCGACCCCUGGGAUUCUGGAGUCGGGCGUACAGAGGGUCUGAAGAGCACUACACUCCAACUGAGAAGGAGAUCUUAGCUGCAUAUGAGGGGGUUCGGGCUGCUUCUGAAGUAGUCGGUACUGAAACACAGCUUCUUCUGGCACCUCGACUGCCAGUGCUGAACUGGAUGUUUAAAGGAAAGGUUCCCUCCACCCAUCAUGCUACUGAUGCCACUUGGAGUAAGUGGAUUGCGUUGAUUACACAGCGAGCGUGGAUGGGGAACCUCAGCCGUCCAGGAAUCCUAGAGGUCAUCAUGGACUGGCCUGAAGGUAAAACGUUUGGAACACCACCAGGAGAAGAAGUAUCACGUGCUAAAGAAGCCCCACCAUACAAUGAACUAUCAGAGAAUGAAAAGAAAUAUGCCCUGUUCACAGACGGAUCGUGUCAUAUUGUGGGAAAGCAUCGCAGAUGGAAAUCUGCUGUGUGGAGCCCCACACGACAAGUUGCAGAGGCCACUGAAGGAAAAGGAGAAUCAAGCCAAUUUGCAGAGGUAAAGGCUGUCCAACUGGACUUAGAUGUCGCUGAGCGGGAGAGGUGGCCAAUGCUCUAUCUUUACACUGACUCGUGGAUGGUAGCGAAUGCCUUAUGGAGGUGGUUACAGCAGUGGGAGCAAAAUAACUGGCAAAGAAAGGGUAAACCUAUUUGGGAUGCAGAACUGUGGAAAGACAUUGCUGCCCAAACAAAGACUAUAGUUGUAAAGGUGCACCAUGUAGAUGCUCAUGUGCCCAAGAGUCGAGCUACUGAAGAACAGCAAAACAACCAUCAGGUAGACCGAGCUGCCAGAAUUGAGGUGGCUCAAAUAGACCUCGACUGGCAGAACAAGGGUGAAUUAUUUCUGGCUCGGUGGGCCCAUGAGACCUCAGGUCAUCAAGGGAGAGAUGCAACAUACAAAUGGGCCAGAGACCGAGGGGUGGACUUAACUAUGGAUGCCAUUGCACAGGUUAUUCAUAACUGUGAAACAUGUGCCAUCAUCAAACAAGCCAAGAGGAUAAAACUUCUCUGGGAGGAAGGGCAAUGGCAAAAGUACAAAUAUGGGGAGGCAUGGCAGGUUGAUUAUAUCACCUUGCCACGAUCUCGCAAUGGAAAGCAUUAUGUGCUUACUAUGGUGGAGGCAACCACUGGGUGGCUCGAAACAUAUGCAGUACCCCAUGCUACCGCCCGAAACACCAUACUGGGUCUCGAGAAACAAGUCCUGUGGCGACAUGGCACCCCGGAAAGAAUUGAGUCAGAUAAAGGGACUCAUUUCAAAAAUUCUCUUGUAAAUACUUGGGCCAAAGAUCAUGGCAUUGAGUGGAUUUACCAUAUUCCCUAUCAUGCACCAGCCUCUGGUAAAAUUGAACGAUACAAUGGAUUGUUAAAAACUAUGCUAAAAGCACUGGGUGGCAGAACAUUUAAGCACUGGGAGAAGCAUUUGGCAGAAGCCACCUGGUUGGUCAAUACCAGAGGAUCUAUUAUUCGUGAUGGUCCUAACCAAUCCAGUUCCCUACAUACCGUAGAGGGAGAUAAAGUCCCUGUUGUACAUGUAAAGAACAUGUUAGGAAAGGCAGUUUGGGUUCUUCCAGCUUCUGGAAAGGGCAAAACUCUCCGUGGUACAGUUUUUGCCCAGGGACCAGGAUCCACUUGGUGGGUAAUGCAGAAGAAUGGGGAUGUCCAGUGUGUACCACAGGGAAACUUGAUGCCAGGGGAGUGCAGUUACUAAUUCUAUGUAUAUAUAUAUAUAUGUAUAUAUAUAUAUAGCCAUGUGUGUGUAAUGCAUUGUAAUCAUUUUUUGUUUGUAUGUAUGUAUAUAUAUUUUUUUAGCAUGAUGUAACGAUGUAGAAUAAGGGGUGGAAUGCCAUGGUUCUAUGGUUCUUGUUUCUUUGUUUUUACUUUGGGUUUCAGUAUUCCACAUCAAAACAUCAUGUAGUGUACGGGGCAUUAAAGUGUCACUGCCCAAUCCCAGGUACCUAUCCCUGUACAUUACAGAAGUCACGGGGUCUGGCCCUUCCGGGUGGGGGGGGCACUCUCUUGCUGCCUUGCAGUGGGUGCUGGAGGGUGCUUUCCUAGCCGUUCCAAGCUUUUCAGGUUUGACUCGGUUCCGGGAACUCUGUCUCUCUCAUCUUGUCUGAUUUAUUAAUCUCAAUUUCAAUUAAAUUGUAUAUAUAUUUUGUUAUCUUGUAUUCCAAUACUAUCGUAAAAUAAGUUUUCCUCCAUAGAUUGUUGCCGCUGCUCUUUUCCUCCCUUCCUUCCUUCCCAUUUUUGUGGGACUGGGGUGGGGGAGGGAGGGCGGAGGCCUGUCGCCCCUGUCACGGACAUAGAUUGAUCUGGUCAACUCCGUGACAUGGUUGAUGCUCGGCUGAACAUGAGCUGACAGUGUGCCCAGGUGGCCAAGAGGGCCAACAGCAUCCUGGCCUGUAUUAGAAAUAGUGUGGCCAGCAGGAGCAGGGAAGUAAUCAUUCCCCUCUACUCAGCACUAGUGAGAUCGCACCUCAAGUACUGUGUCCAGUUUUGGGCCCCUCACUACAAGAAAGACAUUGAGUCCCUGGAGUGUGUCCAGAGAAGAGCAAUGAAACUGGUGAGGGGUCUGGAGCACAAGUCAUAUGAAGACCGGCUGAGGGAGCUUGGAUUGUUUAGUCUGGAGAAGAGAAGGCUCAGGGGAGACCUCGUUGCACUCUACAACUUCCUGAAGGGAGGUUGUGAUGAGGAGGGGUUUGGCCUCUUCUCCCAGGCAACAAACAGGACCCGAGGAAAUGGCCGCAAGUCGUACCAGAGGAGGUUUAGGUUAGACAUAAGGAAAACCUUUUUAUCUCAGAGUGGUCAGGCAAUAGAAUGGCCUGCCCAAGGAGGUGGUGGAGUCACCGUUCUUGGCAGUGUCCAAGAGGUGUCUGGAUGAGGAGUUACAAGAUAUGGUUUAGAGUCUUGUGGUAGCAAUGGUAAUGGGUGACGGUUGGACUAGAUGAUCUAGUAGGUCCUUUCCAACCUUGUGAUUCUAUGACUCUAUGAUCUUUAACAAGAUCAGAGCUAGGUGAUUUAACAGAAUGAAGUUGGAAUUUUUUAUGUAUUUGUUUAUUUUAAGUCAUAGGGUGUCUCUACAGUGCUAACUGAAAGCAGAGAUGUAUCAAAAACAAACACCAGACAUUUCCACAGAUAAUUCAUGACUUUUUGUCUCUAUUCAUAAGAGGCUUCACUAUUACUUUUCUUCUGUCCCUAUGCCAGUGCUGAUAGGAAACCCCUCUGGAGGCUUACUGUAUGAGAAUCUUUAUCCACCUUCUAGCAGAUAAAGCCACCACAUAAAAGAAUUCUCAGCAGUGGUCCCAUUGCUGGUCUCUGCUUAAGAGAAGCAGAACUACUGCCGUUUCUGGUGGGUUUUGUGCUACAUGCAAAGAUGUCACUGUAGACUCUAUUAAGGAAAGCCUGAUGUUGCUUCCUAGCACCUUCCUCUCUCUAAGUUCACUAAGAUGGUACACUGCGGUAUUUUCACUCUGUUACAAGCAAUUGCCAUAAGAACCUCUGUGUUUACCCUGUUCACAUCCUGAACAAGAAUAUGAAGAGGUUCUGUAUUUUAUUACCAUCAUUACUUUUUAUACUGACUAGGCAAAAAAUCUGUUGGAAAC